AAUUCUUCACUCUCUCUCUCUGUUCUUUAAUAGUUCGUCGUUAAAUCCUCUACUUUUGGUCUAUUUCAUAUUUACCCUUUUUGUUGGAAGAGAGAAAAAUGGCGGCAUCUAACGGCGAACGCAUUACCAAGAAGGCCUUUGGAUGGGCGGCUCGAGAUUCUUCCGGUGUUCUCUCCCCUUUCCAUUUCAAUCGAAGGGAAACAGGGGAGAAGGACGUUACGUUCAAGGUGUUGUACAGUGGGAUAUGCCAUACGGAUCUACACAUGAUCAAGAAUGAUUGGGGCAUUUCUCUCUACCCACUUGUUCCCGGGCAUGAACUGGUUGGUGUGGUGACAGAAGUAGGCAGCAAAGUGCAAAAAUUCCAAGUUGGUGACAAAGUCGGUGUUGGGUACCUUGUUGGAUCAUGCAACUCAUGCGAUUCAUGCGUCAACGAUCUUGAGAAUUACUGCGCCAAAAUAAUACCCACGUGCAGUGCUGAGUACCACGACGGAACCACCACUUACGGCGGUUUCUCCGACCUAAUGGUGGCCGACGAGCACUUUGUGUUUAGAAUUCCUGACAACCUUCCCCUUGAUGCCACCGCGCCUCUCCUUUGCGCUGGUAUCACUGUUUACAGCCCAUUAAGACACUUUGGGCUCGACAAGCCCGGUACUCAUGUAGGUAUUGUCGGGCUCGGUGGGCUGGGCCACUUGGCCGUGAAAUUUGCCAAGGCAAUGGGGGCUAAGGUCACUGUGAUAAGUACCUCUCCUAGCAAGAAGGUUGAAGCCAUUGAACAUCUUGGUGCUGACUCGUUUUUGGCCAGUCGCGACCAAGAUCAAUUGCUGGCUGCAACGAGCACCAUGGAUGGUAUUAUUGACACUGUUUCUGCAGUGCAUCCUCUUUUACCUUUACUUGGUCUAUUAAAGUCACAAGGAAAGCUGAUUAUGGUUGGUGCACCGGACAAGCCACUUGAGCUACCAGUUUUUCCUUUGCUGUUGGGAAGGAAAAUGGUGGCUGGAACUGUCACCGGAGGGAUGAAAGAAACACAAGAGAUGAUAGAUUUUGCAGCCAAACACAAUAUUACAUCUCAAAUUGAAGUUAUCCCAAUGGAUUAUGUAAAUACUGCUAUGGAGCGACUUAAGAAAGGAGAUGUCAGAUACCGUUUUGUCAUUGAUGUUGGGCAAACAUUGAAUUCUUAAAUGUUCUCAAGAUGUGAAAUUCUGAGAAUAAAAAACUGAAUUUGAUUGAUUGUCAGCUUUUUUUUAUUAUUAUUAUUAUUUCUUUCAGUAUCUCUUGACUUGAAUAAAUGAAAGGAUUUGAUUAUCUGAGAAACAAA